AUGUCGUCAAAUCUUCCCGUCUCUUUUGAUGAUAAAGCUCAAUCAGAUCUGCUUGGACCAUUCAGGUUCUUGAUUAAACUCACAUUGCUAGACUGCUCUACAAAGUCGAAAUGUUGCGGAUUGCUCACAACUCUUAUAGCAAUUGGAAUUAUUGUAGCGCUUCUCGCAAGAGUUGGUUUGUUGAUGGAAACAGAUGGAAAACCCCUAUCAUUCGCGUGGGCAGAAUGCAACUUCUUCGGAUUCCCUGCCAUUUUCCCUGCUCUUAGCGCCGUCUCGAUUCUUAGCUGGACUAAGAGCUUAUUUUUCCCAAACUUUGUCAAAAAACUAAUAAGACUCCGGAACCUACGACUUGAGCCGAACCAAAAGCUCGAUAGUUACGGUAGAAUCCACGUGGUUGCGUUGAUUUUUUCAAUUCCCUGGCUGAUUGCAAUGAUGUCGUGGAUUCUCUAUAAUUAUGUGGAGAAUGCGACGAUAUAUUUCGGAGCAACCGAAGAGUCAAAAGUUAUUUAUCGUGUGGCUCUCAUUAUAUCUAAUUUCUACAUUUGGUUCAUUUCUACCGUAUGCCUUGCAUUUUUCGUACUCGUUUUUACAUCUAUCAACCGAGAAGUGAGCCAUUUCAAUCAAGAAUUGGAGAAAUCCAAGAAUGAAAAAACUCUGAAAAGUAUCGGGAUUCUGGAAAAAUUUGAUUUCCGUCAAAAUGAAAUUCUCGAGCUGAUUCUGUUUGCAAAUCAAUCACUCUCCUCUUUCGGAUCAGUCACUCCGCUUUUCCUGUUCUACGGACUCAUAAACGGCGUCUACUUGACUUCAUUUUUCGAUGACCUUCCAACUUUAUACAAAGUUAUCUUGGGACUCAAUCUGGCUGCCAUUAUCAUUUACAAUUUUAUCAUUUUAUCAACCGCAUGUGCUCUUCAGGAACAUCUUGCAACCUCUACCAGAAUUCUCAUAAAUCACUAUGAAUUUGAAUGCUCCAAGGAUUCAACUGUCUAUCAGACUUAUCGACUGAUGGUAGAUCGUUUCCAGAAGGUUGAUACUCGGAUGUAUGUCGUAUCGGCAAUUCCGAUCACAAGAAGUACUUUUGCGGCGGCUUCAUUCAUUGUUCCGAAUAUGGGAUUCUUGCUCGUGAUAAUCAAAAAAGUUUUGAUUGAGAAUGGGGGACACGUUUGA